CGUCGUUGCUCUUCACAAAAACCACUUGGGCUUGUAGAGAGCGUAUACAUCGUCGCCCACGAUGAGCCAGCCCGAUGCUGCGGAGCAGAACAUUCAGAUGUGGAAGGUCAAGAAGCUCAUCAAGAGCCUUGACUCGGCCAGAGGUGCUGGCACUUCCAUGAUCAGUCUUAUCCUACCGCCAAAGGAUCAAAUUUCAAGGGCGUCUGCCAUGUUGACACAAGAAUACGGUACAGCGUCCAACAUCAAGUCUCGAGUCAAUCGUCUCUCUGUGCUGGCAGCUAUCACCAGUACCCAGCAGCGUCUCAAGCUGUACAACAAGGUUCCUCCCAACGGCCUCGUGCUCUUCGUCGGUACGAUCUUGACCGAUGAAGGCAAGGAAAAGAAGGUCUCUUUCGAUUUCGAGCCCCACAAGCCUAUCAACACUUCUCUGUACCUCUGUGACAACAAAUUCCACACUGAGGCCCUCUCAGAGCUGCUGGAGUCAGACUCCCGCUUCGGUUUCAUCGUCAUGGACGGUAACGGCACCCUCUUCGGUAUCCUCGCCGGAAACACCCGUGAAAUCAUCCACAAGUUCACCGUCGACCUCCCCAAGAAGCACGGACGUGGUGGUCAGUCCGCCCUCCGUUUCGCCCGUCUCCGUGACGAAAAGCGCCACAACUACGUCCGCAAGGUUGCUGAAUUGGCCGUCCAGCACUUUAUCACCAACGAUAAAGUCAACGUCAACGGACUGGUUUUGGCCGGUAGCGCCGAUUUCAAAACUGAGCUCGGGCAGUCUGACAUGUUCGACCCUCGUCUGGCUGCCAAGGUCAUCAAAGUCGUCGAUGUCAGCUACGGUGGCGAGAACGGCUUCAACCAGGUUGGUUAUGCGAUUUCCGAGUCUUUGGCCAACGUGAAAUUCGUGCAAGAGAAGAGGCUUAUUCAGAAGUAUUUCGACGAGAUCAGCCAAGAUACUGGCAAAUACUGCUUCGGUAUCGACGACACCUUGAAGGCUCUCGAGCUUGGUGCUGUCGAGACCCUCAUCGUCUGGGAGAACCUUGACAUCACUCGCUACGUCUUGAGGAACGCUGCUGGUGAGGAAAUCGUCAUCCACGCCAACAAGGAGCAGGAGAAAGAUAAAGAGAAGUUCACCGACAAAUCCACCGGUGCCGAGAUGGAGCAGGUCAAGGAGCCUCAGCCCCUCCUGGAGUGGUUCGCCGAAAAUUACAAGGAAUUCGGUGCCACCCUCGAAUUCAUCACCAACAAGUCCCAGGAAGGUGCUCAGUUCGUCAAGGGCUUCGGUGGUAUCGGUGGACUCCUUCGUUACAAGGUCGACUUCAACAACCUGGCGUCGGUUGAUGAUGACGACGACGACGAGUUCUACUCGGACGACGAUAUUAUGUGACGUUUUUGCCGGCUCCAGUUCGGAGCCCCUCCCAAUCUAGAGGGCAUGUCGGGAGGGGUGGAGGGGAGGGGUGCUGUGGUCGAGGUCAAGGUCGGACAUCGCGGGGUCGAGGUCGCGAAGAAAAUGAAUGUAGCAGCGGGUUCUCAAGAAGAUUGUUGUACAGGUCAACAAGGCAACUACAAUCACCCAAACUCGUUCGGUCGGCUCGGUUCACAACGACGGCCAUGCAGCAACAUUGCCCACUCAAUAUUACUCGUUUUCGACGGCAAGUUGUAUUCGAUACCUUUAUGGAUUC